UAUGGACUGGAAGGAUAGUUUUUAUGAAGAUUUGUCAGAGGAGGUGUUGGGAGAAAAUGUUUCUGCUUCUUGUGUGAAGACUUCUAAGAAACUCUUGAGUAACAUGGGAGAGAGUCCUUUUAAUAGAAAAGCAAAGAGGAAGCAGUUGCCUAACAGCUCUUUUCUCUCUAUAAGAUACAUACCACAGUUCAAAGGUUUUAAGGAUAAAAAAUUAUGAAACAAACACUUUCUAAGCAAAGACAACACAAAAAUAUGUUUAAACUCUUUUGAUUCUCAAAGUUGUCCUCGUAAGUCAAAGCUACAAACUGAGAUAAAGGGCUUGCUCAACCAAGUUAUCAAGCUCAAGAGCUCUCCUUCGUCGAUGCCUUAUUCUCACAGAAACUCAAAGAAAGCCAGAGCCAUUGCACUUAAUGAAGAAGCUUUGGUGACAGUUAAUGACAUCCAAAGUGCAGAAUAAUUCGCUAAAAUCCUUUAUAAUUAUUUUAUA